AUGACAGUUGCACUGACGGAACUUCCAACCUUAACGAGCGGUGGAUUUUUGAACGGUCGACCUCUCUUCUUAGCCAUGGCUACCAAGGUCGGUGCAGUCAUGGUGAGUAAGAAGACUAAAGGGCGUCAAAAGAUUCAAAUGAAAAAAAUAGUAAAAAGAGAUGACCUCUUUGCCACAUUCUCAAAGCGUCGUGCAGGCUUAUACAAAAAGUCCAGCGAGCUUAUUGCAGAAUGCGGUGUUGACGUUGGAAUAGUGGCGUCUUCUCCUACCGGUAAGCCUUUCUCAUUUUUUCACCCUACAGAUGAUGCCGUUAUUGCUCGUUUUCAGAAUCCUGAUAUGCAGUUAAGUCAAACUACUGGCCUAGUUGCGGCUCAUGCUCAAAACAAAGUGAACUCUCUCAAUAGUAGGCUUGAAGAAUUGGAUACCAGAGAAGACGCUGCAAUUGCUCAAGCACGUUUCUAUGACAAAAUGAUAAAAACUAGACAGAGUGGUUGGUGGGAGUCAAUUGAGCAACUCAAUGCAGAUGAAGUGACAAAAUUUGAAGCAUGGUUAAAGUCUGAAAUCUAUCAAGCUGAAGAACUGGAGCAAUCACACCUGCGAAUUUUGGGCCAUAGGUGCAGCACCGUAGAUGCGAUCUAUGAGCCGCAGAAGCAAUUUCGGGCAAUGUGGGUUGUGACCGCAAUUGCGAUCCUUCCUCCGCAAAAGCGGGCUCGCAGGAGUGGCCAUAGUCUACAUAAGCGGUACAGAGCAGCAGAUGCUGCUAUUGGUCCACAAAAGCGGAACCAUUAG